CGCUGCUUUCAAUAAAGUGAAUAGCAGAAGUGAAUGGGAGCCAGUAGCCUGGAAUCUCUCCUCUUCUCUGUAUAUCAAUAAAGCUUCACAAGCACCAAGGUAUCCAGGAAACAGGGAGGACUUAACUAUUAACUGCAAAGGCAGCUUGUGAUAUCGACUCAAAGGACGAUCUGCAGCAAGGAUUACUCAAAACAGCCUCCAAAACUGCCACCCUCACCAUUUUUGUGCCAUGGAUUUCAACCUGCUGACUAAUUCUGAGGCUCGUAGUCCAACCCUGUCUCUCUCUGACUCUGCAACACCCCAACAUGACCACAGCUGCAAAGGGCAAGAACACAGCGAUACAGAAAAAUCACAACAGAACCAAACAGAUGACUCUAAUCCUGAAGAUGGCUCCUUAAAAAAGAAACAGCGGAGACAAAGGACACAUUUCACAAGCCAGCAGCUGCAAGAACUUGAAGCAACUUUCCAGAGAAACCGGUACCCAGACAUGAGCACAAGAGAGGAGAUUGCUGUGUGGACCAACCUUACAGAAGCCAGAGUGAGGGUUUGGUUCAAGAAUCGAAGGGCAAAAUGGAGGAAAAGAGAGCGGAACCAGCAGGCAGAACUCUGCAAAAAUAGUUUUGGGGUCCAGUUUAAUGGACUAAUGCAGCCAUAUGAUGAUAUGUAUUCUGGAUACUCAUAUAACAACUGGGCUACCAAGGGUCUUGCUACUAGCCCACUGUCUGCCAAGAGCUUUCCAUUUUUUAACUCAAUGAAUGUAAGUCCUCUGUCAUCUCAACCUAUGUUCUCCCCACCAAACUCCAUUGCCACCAUGACCAUGCCUUCCUCUAUGGUUUCUUCCGCAGUGACUGGAGUCCCAGGCUCUAGCCUUAACAACUUGGGAAAUAUUAACAACCUCAACAGCCCCAGCCUCAACUCUGCUGUUUCAGCUAGCGCAUGUCCCUAUGCUUCCACGGCCAGCCCAUAUAUGUACAGGGAUACCUGCAAUUCCAGCCUGGCAAGUCUGAGGCUGAAAGCUAAACAACAUGCUAACUUCACAUACCCAGCAGUACAGACUCCGGCUUCCAACCUAAGCCCAUGUCAGUAUGCUGUGGACCGGCCAGUAUGAAGGACCACAUACCAAAGACUUGACUGUAGCCAUAUAACAGAAGACCUAUUUUCCCUGCAGUUUAUGUUUUUCUUUAGGCAAAAUGGGCAUGCAACGACCUCUGAUAAAAUAUUUCCAUUUUUAACAUGAGAAUGCAAAAUUUUGGGGGGGUUUUAAAGGACAUACUGUAUGAUGUACAACGUGAAUACAG